GGUAGCAAUCGCAGUAACUUUGCUUUAAUUAAAAUAUAGAAUAAAUACUUUCAAAAUGAGUGUGAAAAUGGGUGUAAAUGUUUGUCCAAUCAACGAAGAACGAUCGGGCAAUGUGCGGGAGGUAGGCGGGCGAGCGGUAUGGAGUUUAUCGUCAUGUAAACCAGGAUUUGGCGUAGAUCAGCUGCGUGAUAAUUCGAUGGAAACUUAUUGGCAGUCCGACGGGCAGCUGCCACACCUCGUAAACAUUCAGUUUCACCGCAAAACGACGGUCAACCAGAUUUACAUCUAUUCCGACUACAAGCUGGACGAGAGCUACACCCCUAGCCGGAUAUCGAUACGCUGUGGGACGCACUUCAACGACCUGCAAGAGAUCGAGGUGGUUGACCUAUGCGAACCAUCCGGAUGGGUUUGUAUUCCAAUCAAGGAGUACGAGGAUGAAUUUAUCUGCACGUUUAUGAUACAGAUCGCGGUGAUUAGUAACCACCAGAAUGGAAGGGAUACCCACAUGCGCCAGAUACGGAUCCAUUCACCAACGGAAGGAUCGCAUUAUCCGUUGGAGCACUACGGGAAGUUUAGCACGAUAGAAUUUCAGCAGUUCCGGACAAUCCGUUAGCAGGUAGCAUAAGAUAAGUUUUCGCAGGCGAUAUUUAUCAAAAGGUUAGAAAACAAAAUUUAUUUCCAUGAAAAAAAACAUCUUUACAUAAAACUUCGACAUUUACCUCUAG